UCGAGGAACUCUGCUCCCCUGCGCAGUGGAUAAACUCUGUCACUAUGGUGACCACAAAUUUAUAAAAUAAAAAUAAAAAACCAGGCGCCAAUAUGACAUGAUGUGAAUAUAAAUGAAAAUAUACCUAAAAAAAUAACUCUUGCACUAACAAGUGGGAGUUAUUUGCGAGGGAUUUUCCUUUGAGAAAUUUCUAACUUUAUUUUAAAAGGAACAAAUAGAAAGGAUAUUCACACGUGCCAAUUAAUACUGGCGAUCAAACAAAUAUCAUUCAAUAGCCUAUACCGCAAACAACUAUGUUUUUGCAGAAUUUCGUCUUUUUAAUUUUUUCAUACUUUUUUGCGCUGCUGUUCGUGUGUCAUCUGCCUCGAGUAUCCGGACAGAAGUCCACGGGUCCACGGUGGCUGAUCGGAGACCGGGAGGCUCACUGCAGCGUCGUCUGCUCGCGGACGCAGGGCCGGCCGGUGUGCGGCUCGGAUGGGCGGAGCUACGACACCGGGUGCGACCUGCAGAGGGCCAGGUGUAAGGACCGCACCCUCAGCCUCGCGCACCGCGGCCGCUGCAGAGGUAAAAACUGGGUGCGGAUUGGCCAGCCCCCCGCGGCUACUGCCCCGACGUCAACCUCUGAGGGGAAGGACGUGGAGCUGAGAGACGCGGGCCAGUCCAAGUGUCGCGUGGAGAGGAGCCAGGCCCUGGAGCAGGCCAAGCGGCCGCAGGAGAUCUUCAUCCCCGAGUGCAAGGACGACGGCUCCUUCUCCCAGGUGCAGUGCCACACCCUGACCGGAUACUGCUGGUGCGUGACCACGGACGGAAAGCCAAUCAGCGGCUCCUCCGUGCACAACAGGACCCCUAUAUGUUCAGGGUCAGUAACCGAUAAGCCACCGGGGCCUCCUAGCUCAGGGAGAAAAGUCUCUUUCCGUUUCUUUCUCACCCUGAAUCCAGACGAUGGCUCCAAACCCACCCCCACCAUGGAGACGCAUGUUAUCCCAGAGGGUGAUGGUGAAUCACCGCCCCCCACUUUAUGGAUAAAGCAGCUGGUGUACAUGGAGAAGAACAGCUCAAGCACCAGGAGACCAGAGAAGGUUCCUUCUUGUGACCAGGAGAGACAGAGUGCCCUGGAUGAGGCCAGGCAGAACCCCAGGGAGGCCAUCUUCAUCCCAGACUGUGGGCCGGGGGGCCUCUACCAGCCCGUCCAGUGCCACCAGUCCACAGGCUACUGCUGGUGCGUGCUGGUGGACACUGGGCGACCCAUCCCUGGGACCUCCACCAGGUACCAGACCCCUGAUGUGACAGCAGGUGCUCGCUCUCGCACUUCUGAGUCAGAAGAUCCCUUCAGGGAGAGAGACCUGCCUGGCUGUCCAGAGGGAAAGAAAGUAGAAUUCAUCACCAGCUUGUUAGACGCCCUCACCACUGACAUGGUGCAGGCCAUAAACUCACCGGCCCCCUCUGGUGGGGGGAGGUUCGCGGAGCCCGACCCCAGCCACACCCUGGAGGAGAGGGUGGUGCACUGGUACUUCGCCAAGAUGGACAACAACGGCAGCCAGGACAUCAACAAGAAGGAGCUGAAGCCCUUCAAGCGUUACGUGAAGAAGAAAGCCAAGCCCAAGAAGUGCGCCCGCAAGUUCACCGACUACUGCGACCUCAACCAGGACAAGGCCAUCUCCCUGCUCGAGCUGAAGGGGUGUCUGGGCGUCGGCAAGGACGGGGGCAGUUCAGUGAGCAGCAUCAACCCAGGGACAAGUAGGUCGUCUGGUGUGAAGGGUGACGGGCCCCGGAGCUGAAGGGGGGAGCCGGGGGCACAGAGAGAGAGCGUCUGUGUGCCUUCACACCGCGAGAGGGACAGCAGAAACAGAGAAAAAAGUUCCAGUUCAAAUAAAGAAGUGGCGCCAAAAUAUUUGCACUUUCUCCUCCCAAUGUUAAGUAUUGUACAUGUUUUUGUUUUUAUUUGAACGUAUGACUUAAAAAAGUCAACAGAAAUAUUAAUGAUUUAAGAGCUCAAUGCUGGUUCGAGAAAUUAUAAUUAAAAAGGAGGAACUGAGUCAUCGUUACAUUCAGCUGUGUUCCGACCAAUGGGUUUGCCACAGCUAAUUUUGUAUGACAUCACUAAAGCUAACCUGACCACCUCCUGAUUCCGCAGCAUGUGGUCAGCUACCUAAAAACAGGCUAUCCAGGGCCACGUUCAUGGCUAAAACAAGACGAUUUCGGCAAGCUUUAAACUGUUGUACGAUGUACUUAAACAAAAAAAACAAAAAAUGUGACACGUUACCAGGACCAUGUCAGUCUAUAGUCCAUGUUUAAUCUGGAAUCUGUCCGUGGUUUCUACCCUUCUUAUGUCACAAUAUUUAUUUUCACUGAUUUGUUACAUCUCACAGAAAUUAACUAGUUUAAGCCGUAGUGAAUCCCCGGUAUUUUGAUUUUGUGUUUUAGCCGUGAAUAGUCACGUUCAGUUACAGUUGUUGAUUUCCAGAGUACCAGCACUACAGAAUGUGUUUUGUGAUAGAUUAUGCCUUGUGUCUUGAGUGAAUUCCUAUUAAAAGAAAGAGAGAGAGAGAGAGAGAGAGAGAAAAAAGUUAGAGGCAGAAUGUGUUUGUUAUGAAUACAAAGUGUUGACGGUUGUAACCGACGGUGAUGUACAGAAGCAAGCUUUUGUGGAGCCACUGAUCUGGAGACAACCUGUGAUUGUGGAAAUCUGUGGGGGCACGCAGUGUUCUCCAUCCAUCCCAAGCAAAACACACUGUGCCACUCUGUGCCCAUCCUACACUCAGAAAUAAAGAGACAGUGGAGGCAGUGCAUUUAUGUUCUUCAAGGAUCAUAUUUCCCCAAAGUACCCUACAGAAGUACAGCAAUGUUCUAUUUGGGUACAAAUUAGCACAUUUUCCAAACAAAAAAGGUACACUUUAGUUCUAUAUUGCUGGCUGGGGCUACAAGUUCAUGCACCUAUAGGGUAGCCCCCCCAGCGACAAGCAUUUGUAUCUUUUUAGGCACUUUUCGUACCUUUAUUUCUGAGAAUGUUACCACUGUGCAGGUUGAGUUGGCGUGGGUUCACGUGGUUCAGAUCCCUCUUUGAAGAAAGUCAAAUAAAGUAACUAAUUAGAAGAACGACAGCAUACAGCCCCUCAGAUGGAUGCAGGCCUCUGUCAAAAGGUGAAGGUUUCUUUUUUUUGUGUUGUGCAUUUCUUUAUUUUUUUUGUCUUUUUUUUGUCUUUUUACGUUUGUGUAUUUGCUUGCUUAUAUGGACAUAUAAUUUGUACCGAGAAGCCUUAGCACCUGCUCGUGGAAUUAAAGGUAAAGAUGCUCACGAUGUAAAUAUGUAUCAUACGCUUUUCAUUCACCCGCUGUCCCACAUUGUCAGGCUUGGGUUUUGGCAUCUCCCUAAAAGCAGUUCCACCGUCGUUCAAGCUGCUCGACACAACCCCUCGCGGGCUAACGCCCUGUCAAUAAACCGAGUCAUACUGCAUCCACAUAACCCGACAGCAAGACCGUACACGCUACAAGAUUUGCGAAAUGUUUUUGAUAACGUCGUUUUGGCAGCGGUUUUGUAUUUUUCUUUGAUACGUUUCUUGCAUUGACUGUGCAGUCUUUUACUUCCCUGUGAACGGAGAAUGUCACCGGCUGCUGUGAGGGUUUUACGGAAAAAAGCAGAGUCAGGAAGUUUGAUACUGCAGACCCUGAACUGUCUGGAUCUUUUCUCUCUUUUCUUUUCCGCCAGUGUCACAGUGAUUACGGCUGGGACCGGUAGGCCCCUCUCUCUCUCUCUCCCUCCUUCUCUCUCUCUCUCUCUCUCUCUCUCCACCUGAGCAGCUCUCUUUGAAACACUGGGUCUGUGUGUCUGCCUCCAGCCCCCCCGGGGACGGAUCACAUUUUAAACAUCUAAAUUGUUUAGCGGCGCAGACAUGGUCGCAAUCACAGCUAAUCAACUGGAGGAGCCAUUGUGAAGGCGGGGUCCGCAGAGGACUGGGGAGGGGAAAGGAGAGAAAGAAAAGACAUUUUGAAGAGGUGUGACCAGCUAGCCGGCACAAGCUGUGUAGGGGCGUUCCCAAACUUUUUUUCUGAUACGACCCCCAAAUUAAUGUCCACAAAUUUACGUGACCUCAGCAUCACACCCACACACAUGCCUUGUGCCUAACAACCCCCUUUGAUUGUAUUGGCCGUGCCUAUAUAUAUACCACGGCCUCUCAUGCAUUGCAUUUUGUUAUGGUUCAUUCAUUGGGAGCAGUGAGUAGCCUACAUGCUCAUAUUUUAAAGAGACAAAAUUACAAUUUAGCUUAAAAAAUUGAGAAGACCCUAUCCUCACAUAAGGCGACCCCUCUGUACUGCACUGGCGCAUUUUGACAUGGAGAGCGAGGUCGUUUCUGAGGGGGGAGGGGUCAAUAAGAAGUACUUGAGAGCACGUUAGUGAAGCCUACUGGUAGAAAUAGGUAACUUCUUUUAAAGGGCACUGCCAAAACCCAAGCAUUUACCUUACAAUCCCUUUGUAGACAGAUUGUUAAAACUAAGAGGAAUAAAAGCAAUAUCUCUUUUUUUGAA